GAAUGUAUGUUUUGUCAGUUUAUUUAAUUGUGUAGUUUUUAUAAUUAUAAGUUAACGCUAUAGACCUUUUUGACAACGCCCGGAAGUGCCGCGAUGUAGGGUAAACCACGUGACUUACGUUUGCGCUUUUCUAUGGCAAAAUAUCUUUGGAAGUGUCUGGCGUAUUUUCCACCAGUUUCAUAAAUCUGCCCCAUCUCCAAAUCUUCAACCAACAAGGUCGACAAAGGACAUAUUCUGUCCAUGAAGAAUUAUCAAGGGUCUUUACGAUGGUUCUCAACUGGAAAAAGGAGGCUUGUCCUCUCCGGGUGGGUGGAGCAUCUCUGCCUCAAGUGGAGGAGUUCAAGUAUCAUGAGUGAGGGGAGGAUGGAGCGUGAGAUUGACAGGUAGAUCAGUGCAGUUUGUGCAGUGAUGUAUCGGACCGUUGUGGUGAAGAGGGAGCUGAGCCGAAAGGGUGGCUGGGCGCUCCCUUAGAGAUAGGAUGAGGAGCUCAGUCACACAGGAGGAGUUCGGAGUAGAGCCGCUGCUCCUUCACGUCCAGAGGAGCAGCUGAGGUGGCUCGGACAUCUGCUCCACUGACAUACGUGACGUUGACCCUACAUCACAACACUUCCGGCUCUUGUGAAAAAGAUAACCACACACGUAACCAACAAAAAACAUUGUUAAAUAUCCCCUGCCCCUCCUCCUCAAUAAACAUCUACCUUUGUACAAGUGGAGUGGCCUGUCCUUCUGACCGAGGAAAACUCAGUUGAAGACACAUCAGUAAUCAGUGCAUUCUGGACGCACACAGUACCUUACACUACUCUUCUUAUCAUACGUGGAGACUAUUACAAUGCCUAAUUGAGUACAUUUUAGGGGAAGGCCUAAUCAUAAUAUUCUUUUUGUAGAUUUCUAAACCUGCAGCCAACUUGAAACUGUUACUGUGUAGGCUAAAUCGUAAAGGAGUUUCCAGUGCCUAUAGGAGUCCAUGUUUACGUUAAGUAAUACAUAAGUGAUAUGCAACAUGGAGCGUCCUGAUAUUAAACGUCUGUCAUGUAACUCACCUGGCUAUGGAGGCAAUUCUAAAUCUAAGUCCAGGGUUUAGAGCGUUUGUGGAGGAGUGUCUGGGUGCUGGUGUGCAGGACAUAUGUGGGCUGUUGAAGAGCACCAUGGUGGACUAUGAGGAGCUGCGCCGCUCCAAACACAAGAACCAGCAGCUCUUGGACUCUGCUCUGAGCCCGAGGGUCGUGCUCGUCAGGGCCGCUGUCCAGCUCCCCUCUCUGAGCCCUGGUCUGACUCCACACAUUAAAGAAGAACACAACAUCAAACAGGAGGAGACUGAGCAGCAAGUCUCUGUCCCAGAGUUUAGUGCUGUGAGCGUGAAAACAGAAGAGUCCUCACUACUUCUACAAAGACAAACUGAGCAGAGAGAGGACACACAGGAGGAGGACAUCAAAGCAGAGACACAUGUCCACAGAGAGGACACACAGGAGGAGGACAUCAAAGCAGAGACACAAGUCCACAAAGAGGACACACAGGGGGAGGACAUCAAAACAGAGACACAUGUCCACAGAGAGGACACACAGGAGGAGGACAUCAGAGCAGACUCAGAGACUGAGGGAGACACAGAGCACUCUUCUGACACUGACAGUAAUGAAGACUGGAGAGCUCCAUUCAGCUGUUCACCUGCACACAUGGACACAAGGACUGAUGGAGACAUGUCUGCACCAGAGACCAGAGCCACUGUGAACUAUGGAGACAUGUCAGGAACUGGAGAAGGAGCUGAGAGCAGGAAACACAAGUGCUCUGUUUGUAAAGAGAGAUUUGGGUCUAAAUAUAAACUACGAAUACACAGAAGAGUUCACACAGGAGAGGAACCAUUCACCUGUUCAGUCUGUAAGAAAAUGUUUGUUGUAAGGUAUGACCUCAAAAGACAUAUGAGGACACACACAGGGGAGAAACCAUUCAGCUGUUCAGUCUGUAAGAAAACAUUUGCCCAAAAGGCUCAUCUUGACACACAUAUGAGUACACACACAGGGGAGAAAUCAUUCAGCUGUGCAGUCUGUAAAAAAGUGUUGGCUGUAAGACUUACUCUUAAAAGACAUAUGAGGACACACACAGGAGAGAAACCAUUCAGUUGUUCAGUUUGUAAGAAAGUAUUUGCCCGAAAGCAUCAUCUUGAUACACAUAUAAUGACACACACAGGAGAGAAACCAUUCAACUGUUCUGUUUGUACGAAAGUGUUUGCCCGAAAGCAUCAUCUUGACAUACACAUGAGGACACACACAGGGGAGAAAUCAUUCAGCUGUUCAGUGUGUAAGAAUGUGUUUGCUGUAAGACUUACUCUCCAAAGACAUAUGAGGACACACACAGGGGAGAAACCAUUCAGCUGUUCAGUUUGUAAGAAAGUAUUUGCCCGAAAGCAUCAUCUUGACACACAUAUGAGGACACACACAGGGAAGAAAGCUUUCUGCUGUUCAGUCUGCAAGAAAGUGUUCGGUUAUAGUUCUACUCUCAAAAGACAUAUGAGGACACAUUGACUGCACAUAUAAAUGGACAUAGCUGACACACUAGCCGCUGCGUUCUAAAUAGGAAGUUUGCAUGCAGCUCUUCGGCUUCUGUAGACUCUGGCUCCCUUUUAUUUUCAUUGGAAUAUCAGGGCCUCUCUCUCUGUAACUGCUGCUGUGACCCUCAUCAGUUUGGUCUUAAAAUGUUUGUAUUAAAUCGCCAUACAUAAUAAUGCAGUUUUUUCUGCUAUUUUAUUCAUUUUAAAAUCCUAUUUAUAAAAUAGAUUUAUUACAGUUUGUGUUUUUAUCACUUUUUGUACAUUUAAGAGUUUUUAUGGUUAAACCUGCUGUUGGGUCAGUGGCAUAAAUUUGUUUCAGUGUUAUAGUUUGUCUAUAUUUUCUUCAAAAAUAUAUCAUUCUUCACUUUGUUCUUUACUUUAUUUUUUACUUUUUUUGUCCCAAGACUACUUAAUUCUGUUUUUUAUUUAUACAUAACAUUAUUUUUCAAUCUGAAUUUAUGUGAUUUGAAUCUGUAUAUAUAAGAAAUAAUAAACCUAAUCAGUUCUCCAGUGGAA